AUCAAUGGUGAGAGAGUGCCACUGGAGAUCUGCUUACUGAGGAAGGUGUCGCACAUCCCAGGUGUGAUCAAGCUUAUUGCCUGGUUUGAGCUGGUUGACUGUUUCAUCAUUGUUAUGGAGAGACCAGAAGCGGUCAAGGACCUCUUCGACUACAUCACAGAGAGGAAGCUACUACCGGAGCCUGAAGCUCGGUACCUCUUCCGUCAAGUGGUUGAUGUGGUCAAGCAGUGUCAUGCAGCCGGGGUCAUUCACAGAGACAUCAAGGACGAGAAUUUGCUCAUCACUACGGACAGACAAGGCAGAAAGAUUCUAAAGCUUAUUGAUUUCGGCUCUGGAGCCUUUCUGAAGGACAAUGUUUACACUGACUUUGAUGGAGGUACCAAGGUGUAUGCACCUCCUGAGUGGAUCCAACAUAAUCAGUAUCAGGCUGGACCUGCUACCGUCUGGUCUCUGGGUAUCCUGCUCUAUGAUAUGGUCUGUGGUGACAUUCCUUUUGCCCAGGAUGACCAAAUCCUUUCAGCGAGAGUCAACUUUCGGAUCCCCAUCUCCGAAGAAUGCCAAAAUCUCAUUCGUAUGUGUUUACGAAUUAGCCCGGAAGAUAGACCAUCCCUGGAGCAGAUUUUGAUGCAUCCGUGGAUGAAAGGACCUAGGGAUUCUGGAGCAGGACUCGUAGGAUGUAUGGGAGGUGCUUUAGGUCCUAUGGGUCUUCUUUCUGACUCUAUACUCGACAGUGAUUCAUCCUCUCUAGACAAGCAUUCCACGGGUAGUGAUGUUUCCCGAGAGUCAGAAUCUGAGUUUUGACGGCUGCAAGGAAGAUAGGCAUGCGCAUGAAGGCUGUCAGAACCAAGCCUGAUUGGAAGGCACACUACUGACAAGACGGGUAACAUGAAGCUAACGCAGCAAGCUGUCAGGAAGUUUCCCAGUGACAACUCAUCUCUGACAGCUUGCCCUGUGUGUGUUUAUUGUACCCAAAGCCCAGUCUCAUAGAUUCUCUCAUAUACCCCCGCCCGGAGGCGCUGGACGCCAUACCUCGCAGCUCUGAAAGGUGCUAAACUACCCCCCCAACACCCGCCAGUAAGGGACCCUUGUGCCUCGGCACGAAUUUCACCAAAGCCCAUUAACAUUCGCCCGAGAGAUGUCUCGCAGGGCGAGUGUCCUCGUCUCAUUACCUUCUCUAAGAGAAGUUGUACAUAAUGUAUUUAAAACCAUAUUUAUAGUAAGUUAUAUUGUAAAUACUGUAAAAAAAAACCGCUUUCUAUACUCUAUCUCCAGUCUUCUCGUCUACAGAGAGAAAAAUGCCAUCAAUGCAACCCGGUUUUUAUAUCAUAGACAUUUAUACAAGAUUUUUAUUUUUGUAAAAAAAAUUACGAAUUUCCGAUAAUGCCAAUAAAAUCCAGAAUUUUUUAA